GGCUUAGUCGUGCUCUUUAGUUUGACACUGGCAGUUGACAAAACUAGACAGCUUUAUAUUCAGCGAUAUUAACAAAAAAUUGAGGCGUGAGCUUGACUUAUCAUUUUCAUAAAGUUAAAUUCGCGAUAAUUUAUCGGCAUUCGAAAACAUGUACUUGUACGUAUUUAAAAACAUAUUGUCUUCCGUACAAAAUGUCUAGGUAUUGUCAUAGUGAAUUAAUAUACAUUCUUGGAACAUCGUACUGGGUCUACUUAUAGUGGUGUGCAUUUGAUAUUAAAGUUAUGUAUGGAUUCGAUAAAUAGCGACGAUAUAAAUAAACGCAUCGACCCUUGCCAAUGAUUUACAUUGAAGCUUAUUGGAACGAAGCACCGGAGAAAUGAAAGUAGUGAUCAUCUGUAUGUUGCUAGUACUUGUAUCGCAUGAAAUCUUUGCAGAUAAAGUCGGAUGCAGAAACGUAGCUUGCCCCAAGCCAGAGCCAUGUCCUAUGGAUAGUUACCCAAAACCAUUGGUGAAACAUUUGCCAGCUCACAUUCCUCAUCAUCUACGUAGUAGUGCUGGAGAUGUACGCCGAGAACGAGAUAUUGUUUUCAGUACCCUGCAGCGAGAAUCUAUAAAAAUAAUACCAACCACUUAUGAUCAUCAUUACCAGAAACGAAGUAUCAUUGACGACGAUAUAUUAAUUCAGUACUGUUGUCCAUCCUACGAAUGUAUCUGUAAGCCAAACUACUGUGACCAGGAAUGUCCUCCUAACGAAAUACCAGUCAAUACGACCGCACCCACCGAUCCAAAUGAUCUACCGUAUGGCGUCCCUGGGAAUUGUUGCAUGCCUUGUAGAAAAAGUUACUGUAUAACGAAUACUUUUCGAAAGCAUGGUCAAAAAUGGCGCAGCGAUGACUGCACAACUUGCGAAUGUCACUACGGCGAGGUUAAAUGUCAGCAGUCUUAUUGUCAACCACCAGAUUGUCUUAAUUAUGAGCUGAUUCCUGGUGAAUGUUGCCCUGUUUGUGUAAACGACUCUACUAACUUUUGUCGAGAUAUUAAAUACUGCAGUAUUGAAUGUCAAUACGGGUAUCGACAACAGGGAAAUUGUGACUUAUGCGAAUGCACUAGACCAACUACCAUUGGAACUGGAUUGGUAAACACGAAUAUCAACGAUACUGUUACGAAAGACAAUAUUACAGGUCCCUAUCAGCAACACAGCAAUAACAGCAGUCAUGUUUAUAAUGUUCAAUUCUGGAUUAUAAUGCUGUUGAGCCUUGGCUCUGGAUUAGCUCUUACCCUCAUAACUGUUUGGUGUUGCCAUUUCCACAAAAACGCCAAAUACAGUAUUGUACAAAUUGCGUGAAAUCUGCAGUGAAAUGAAUAUCAUUGUAUCGUGCUGCUUCCUGUAUUAUUAAAUAUGCACGAAUGUAUCAUUUUAUAAGUAUAUACACCGAUGUCAAUGUUAUUUGAAUUAUUAUACUAUGGGUUUACAAUUGUUGAUAUCAUAAGUAUAGGUAAAAGUAUUGUUCGACAUUAUUUUGUACCGCUUUAGAGUCUGAAUAGCAUGCAAAGACGAGUAAAAGUCUUCCGCAAAGGAUAAAGACAACCGUGGCUCUGCAGUUCAUAUGUGCAUCUAUGCUAAAUAUUUGUUAAUAUGCAUCCACAAUCACUGUCGAUAAGAAAUAGGUUCGAAAACAUUGUGAUAAAUUGUAUAUAGAAGAUAUUUUGCAAAAUCGCUAAGUUUCUACUUCUAAUCAAAGAAAUAUUUUACCAAACUGUUAAAGUUAUUGAUGUAGCAUCGUAAGAUAUUUUUCAUAUUUUAGAAAAUCAUAAAGACAAAAUAAUUUUGUUGAACUUAGACUGUUUGAAUGGUAAUUAAAAAUAUUUAUUUAUUAAAGUUACAUUAAUAUUUAAACAAUGAAAAGAAAUUAUGAAUAUAAAGUAUAUUUAUUAUUUUUUAUCUUAUGUAUUAAACAACCGCCGAUAGUUGUAAAAUUUAGGUAUUAUUUAUUCUAUUUUUUGUUAUUUCAAUGUUUUAAUUAGAAUUUGAGCCAUUGUGCAAGAUAUUUGUUAAAAUGACUAUUGUAUGGUGAUAAAUAAUAUUAAAAAUGCUUCCAUAAAAGCGGUGCAGUCCGUAAGUAUAUACAAAAUAAAACCAUAUUGAUGUUAUUCAACACAAAUGCAAUUAUUCUGCUUUUUAUAUCAAAUAGAUAAACAAAUAUCAUCAACUUGGCGUAAUAUGCUCUAACUCUCGGAAAUUCAACGUAAUAUGUCUCAAAAAUAUUCCAUACCAUUGCACCUAUUGACAAUUUUUCUGGUCCUAAAUGUCCGCUUGAGUAGUUGGAUGUUUAUGCCCCGCUUUUUUAAUUUCAUACAUCUAGUUGUUACAAUGGCUACUUUAUCUCUAUCUCUCUUUGCUUGAAGCACAAUCCAAAACCAAACAACUAGAAAACUGACAAAAAGGAUUAUUUUGGAACAAAAAAAUGAAGAAUGCAACAAUGGCCAAUCGUACAGUUUACUAUUCCCUCGCUUGAUGUACAAUUCGAAAACACAUACAUACAAAAUUGUAAAUUUUGCACCAAGGUCAUAUUUGAACAUUAAUUGUAAAAAAGUUUUUAAAUCUAAAGGAAAAACUACGAUCUUUCGUAAAAUACGUUUAAAUAAAAAAAAAUGUAGCCAGCUACAAAGAGCCCCAUGGUUUAUUUUUUCAGUUGAACAUUGUCUUUAACUUAGCUUUGACUUUGUCUUUCGCAAUGCUUGAAAAAAACUUAACACAUUAUUAAAUUCGACUGCUAUAUAAAAUCCACAUUCACAAAUAAUAUAAUACCUACUGUGUGGCCAUACAAUUUGUAUUAUUCAAACAAAGCAAUAUUUCUGCAUUCUGAAAUGUUCUGUAAAAUCCCAUGCUCUUCACAAAAUGUAUAAUCUAUACAAAAGCCGAAAAUGUAUGAUCAAUUUAAAAAAAUGCCACUAUGGAUAGAAAUGUGAAUAAAUCUGGAUGCAUAGAAA